CGUCCGUUCGUUCCCUCAGUCUCCCGUUUCUCUCUUGUUUCUUCCUCUUUUCGUUUUCAACUUGGUUUAAAAUUGCACUUCGGUACUCAUCCAAUCAGUUUUGUAUUGUUUUAAAGGUGAAAGAGGGAGCUUAGGAGAUUCAAUCAAAGAUGACCUACAAUGCAACAGGGUGUUGUAGAUGUGCAGUGCAGUGAGCAGUCAAAUAAGAAAGAAAGUUCAGAAAAAUGAACGCGAGAAUUUAGAUGGUUUGGUUCAUGGGGAUUUCUGUGGAAGGGUGCAAAGAUGAAGUAAAACACUGACAAUGAAUCAAACCAACAUUGCUGGAACGACAACUCUUGAGUUUGAGACACAUAGUACCGCAAUUCCAUAUGAAACCAGUGUUAAAUCUUGUUCAAGUGGUAGGAAUCGAUGGUUACAAUCAAUAAUGAAUGAUGGAGGUAAUAUCUACAACACACUCUCUUCUAGAACACAAAUGCAGAAAGUUCCUCAACUACUGCGAAUGAUCAAAGAUAACAGGAAAUAUUAUGAACCCACUGUGGUUUCAUUUGGUCCAUACCACCAUGGCAGAGCUGAGCUUGCACCAGUUGAAAAUUCUAAGGUCACAAUAGCGAGACAGUUUGUUCUAGGAAGUGGCAAACCAAUAGAGGACUUCUACGACAAGGUCGCGGAGUUGGUUGAUGAUGCUAGGAGCUGCUAUCUUGAAGGAUCAACCGAGGCUUUCAGUGAUCAGGAAUUUGCUCAGAUGAUGUUCCUCGAUGGUUGCUUUAAUCUGUAUGUGAUGGAAUGUGUUGCAUACAGCAAUGCGGAACAGGUUGAGAUGAUGAUUAGUCAUCUUGGUCUCUUUGCAUCAAGUCUAAUAGUGGCAGAAAUGUUCCUAUUGGAAAAUCAACUUCCAUUUUUUGUUCUAUGGAACUUGAUGAACAUAAAGUACCAAGGAGACGGAGGAGAAAAAAUGAUUAGUGUAUUCAUUAAUUAUUGCAUCUCAACCAUCCCACAAAGUCAGGUUAAGACCGAGAUAGCAAGAGGUGAAUUGAAGCAACCCCUUCAUCUCCUCGAACUCAUAAGGUCGAAACUGCUAUGCAAACAUGACAAUAGAUCGUCUGAGUUCAGCAUUCAAUCCGUCAUACCAAGGAGGAAAUAUCAUGGCACUCUGAAGGAUUAUUCUUAUUCUUUCCGUUCAGUCAUGGAACUCAAAGCUAAGGGAAUUUAUGUCAAGCCUAGCAACACUGGGUACUUCACAGACAUCAACUUCAAAUCAAACUACUUCUCUGGACAGCUUACACUUCCGCCGAUGAUCAUUUCCCCUUUUAGCAGGCCUUUGUUUGUUAACUUAAUUGCCUAUGAAAUGUGCCCAAAUACUCCCAAUGACCUGGGUGUGGCCUUUCAUAUCCAUUUUAUGAAGUCCCUCAUUGAUCACCCUGAUGAUGUAAAGGAGUUGCGAUCAAAGUGCAUAUUACACAACCUUGGCGGCAGUGAUGAGGAGGUAGCCAGAAUGUUCAAGGAGAUAGCAACUCCCCUGAUGUUGCACACUGGCACCUAUGAAGAUAUUAAGCAGUGCAUUCAAAAGCACUAUAAUAGCAAGAUGAGAACUUACACGGCUGAAGUAAUCCACAACCAUUUUAGUAAUCCCUGGACAGUUGUUGCUUUCCUGACUGCAAUUUUUCUCAUGGUCUUGAGUAUUAUCCAGGCUUACUUUACGUGGUCAGCCCGAGGCAUGAAUUCCAUUCCUCCUGGUUAUGUAAACAUUUCCAUUGGUAGCCAUGUUAAUGUGUCAACUUUUAACUUGUAUCAUGUGGACAUGGCCCUUGUUCACAUAUCUGAGCAAUAUAUUGCCAGCAGGGGUAGAGUUUUCGAACACAAACUGGGCAGCUCACAAUGCAAUAUAAGACCAGCCAUACUGCAUAGUGCUGAAAUUCAGAAUGGGGCCAGAGGAAGAAGAUGCACGUCUAAGCAUAGUCCUAUUGCAAAUGAGAUUAUGGAAGACUAAGUUCGAAAAGAUAAAACUAGGAUUCCAGUUCACUGGUAUUG